CUUGCACUCAGUACCGAAUCAAACCCUCAUCCAAAUAAAACCAUCUAGCAGGUUUCACAAUAAUGGCAAAAUCUACAAUCAUCGUUCUCGUCUCUGCCCUUUGCUUCUUAUCCUUCCUAGGCUUGGCUUGUGCCAAAGACCGCUUCGUAGUGGAGGGCACCGUUUACUGUGACACAUGUCGCCUCCAGUUCCUCACCAAGCUCUCCGAGUUCCUCGAAGGUGCUACCGUCCGUGUUGAGUGUUCACAAGUUGACAACAGCAAGAACGUGACAUUCAGCAAAGAGGCUAUAACAGAUGCAUCGGGGACAUACAGAGUGGAGGUGGACGGAGACCACGAGGAAGACACGUGCGAGGUUGUGCUUGUGAAGAGUCCUAGGGGUGAUUGUUCGGAGAUAGACCGCGAGUCUCACCUGCAACAAGCAGCAAGAGUGAGCAUCACGAAGAACAGUGGAAUAGUGUCCCCAAUGCGCCAGGCCAACCCUCUUGGUUUCCUCAAGAAGGAGCGUCUCCCUGGUUGCCUUGACCUGCUCAAGGAGCUUGGAAUCAACGAAGAUGGCACCCCCAUAUAAACAAAACAUUCAAGGCUUCUGUUAGCACUUUCAAAGGAUCGCUCCAUCUUUUCCUUUUCUCCUUGUAGCUUUAAUUAGGAUCAAGAUGUGAGCUAGAACCAAUAAUAGUAAUAAUAUAUAAUAAUAAUUAUGAGUGGGAUGCGGUAGAGGGAGUUUUUCUUAUAGACUUUAAACAAGUCUUCAAAGGAUCCUUUGGCUUGUAGUACUCUCUCAUUUUCGUACUUAAUUAAUUGGUGGAGUUUAUAUAUAUAUAUAUAUAUAUGGUGACUGAUAUCUGUUUUUCGUUUCA